GAGGGUGACGGCCGGAGAAGUUGGGCACAGGGAAGAGCCGGGCUGGAGCAUGAGUUCCAAGUCAAAAUCCAUAGGGCUCAUCGGAGCUCCUUUCUCAAAGGGACAGCCACGAGGAGGGGUAGAAGAAGGCCCCAUCGCAUUGAGAAAGGCGGGUCUUCUUGAGAAACUUAAAGAACAAGCAUGUGACGUGAAAGAUUAUGGUGACCUGCCCUUUGCUGAUGUCCCUAACGACAGUCCCUUUCAAAUGGUGAAGAAUCCAAGGUCGGUGGGAAAAGCUACAGAGCAGCUGGCUGGUGUGGUGGCAGAAGUCAAGAAGAGUGGGCGAACCAGCCUGGUCCUCGGCGGAGAUCACAGUUUAGCGAUUGGAAGCAUUUCUGGUCAUGCUAAGGUCCAUCCAGAUCUCUGCGUCAUUUGGGUGGAUGCUCACACUGAUAUCAACACUCCACAGACAACCACAAGUGGGAACUUGCAUGGACAACCUGUGUCCUUUCUCCUGAAAGAACUAAAGGGAAAGAUCCCUGACGUGCCAGGAUUCUCUUGGGUGACUCCCUGUAUCUCUGCUAAAGACAUUGUAUACAUUGGCCUGAGAGAUGUGGACCCUGGUGAACAUUAUAUUUUGAAGACCUUUGGAAUUAAAUACUUUUCGAUGAGUGAAGUGGAUAAACUUGGAAUUGGUAAGGUGAUGGAAGAAACACUCAGCUAUCUCCUAGGAAGAAAGAAAAGGCCAAUUCACCUGAGUUUUGAUGUUGAUGGACUGGACCCAUCUUUCACACCAGCUACUGGCACACCAGUGCAGGGAGGUCUGUCUUACAGAGAAGGCAUCUACAUUACAGAGGAAAUUUACAAAACAGGGCUCCUUUCGGGAUUAGACAUCAUGGAAGUGAAUCCAUCUCUGGGGAAGACACCAGAAGAAGUCACGCGCACAGUGAACACCGCAGUAGCAAUCACCUUGGGUUGCUUUGGAGUUGCCCGGGAGGGGAAUCAUAAGGACAUCAACUAUCUGAGCCCACCUAAGUAAACGUGGAGACAUCCUAUUUACAACCUCACUGCUAAUGACAGAACUAGCAAAGCUAAUAAUUUACUUCGGCCUAUAGUCAGUUCUUCUCCCCAGAGUUGUUCUUUCAGAAAAAUGAUUUGCCUUAGUAAAUGUUAUACAAGUAGUGCAAACUGUAAAAUUUGACUUUCCCUUGGUGUGAAAUUCAAGAUAUGGACAUUCUAAUUUUGUGAAAUUUAAAAAGCUUCUAUUUCUUAUUUUGGCCAAAGGGUUUGGAAAGAAAAAAUAUCCAUUAAUUUUCAUUUGAAACUGUGCUGAUACUGAUACACUCCCACAUAGAAUGGGAUUCCCAAUACCAGCAGACAAAGCUAUAGCAUCUUAAAAAUAUUUAUGCCCAGGUUGUUCACAAGAUGUGAAUUUUAUAAUAAACUCUUUAUAAUAAGA